AUGGGCCCCUGUACCGCCUCCUCAUGCUGCUGCCAGGCCCGUAAUCUGCCAUGGGCCCCUGUACCGCCUCCUCAUGCUGCUGCCAGGUCCAGAGUCUCUCAUGGGUCCCUGUACGGCCUCCCAUUGCUGCUGUCUCCAUCGCCACACUCUGCCAUGUGCCAUUCAGGUCUCCUCACACUGCUGGUGGGUGUUCCAUUUUUUGUCAUAGGGUGCUGGCAGAUUACGGGCCUCCAUUGCUGCUGCCAGGCCCGUGUAAUCUGCCAUGGGCCCCUGUACCGCCUCCUCCUCAUGCUGCUGCCAGGCCCGUAAUCUGCCAUGGGCCCCUGGGUCCCCUCCUCAUGUACGGCCAGGUCCAUUGCUGCUGUACGGCCUCCCAUUGCUGCUGUCUCCAUCGCCACACUGCCAUGUGCCACUUUCAGGUCUCCUCACACUGCUGGUGGGUUCCAUUUUUUGUCAUAGGGUGC